AAUUAACACAAAAACACUUUCUAAAAUUACAAAGAACAACAUAGAAUUCAUGAUGUAGCUACAAUUGUAACACAACUUUAAAUAUUCAUCUUAAAAUGUAGCGUAUUACCGAAUAUAAACUAAAUACUACAGUGAAUGAAACGUAUGAACGUAAAUGAAUCACUCUUUUGAGUCGGAUCUUUAAAUGAAACAGGUGAACUGAUUCACAAAGGCAGAUUCAUUCACGACAGAUCACGGAGGAGGAAUUUACUUUUGGGGCGAAAAAGUAAGUUAUUGGCCGAACAGAAGAAAUGUUACAAAUAAAAAAGGAAAUGUGUUUACGACUGAAUCAUAAUUGCAACAAACAAAAAUGUGAUGCAUUAAAUAUCAAUAAACACGCUUAUUAAUAACACACACUGUCUACAUAUGGCUUAUUAGACAAUUUUGAUUAAAAUCUGGGAUGCCAGGAGCUGUGUGAUGACGCAAUUACGUCAUGACGUAAAACUGGAAAGGUUUCAAACGAACUGUUCGAAAGAACCGAUUCCGGAAAAUGAAUCGGACAUUCUAUCGCUAAACAACAACUUUUUUCGUCAUAAAUCAUUCAUUUUAAAUCGCCUAUAAUUAGUUAGGUCGAAGCUUUAUUAAUUUUUACAAUCGCGACACGGUAAUGAUUUACUAAAUGGAUCUGAAGUUUGUUCUUUGGUUCCAGCGUGUGUUUUGUAUGUUGCAUGAACUUUCACCUCAGUUCCCACAGGCACACAGGAUCGUGUGGAUUUGACAGGACAUACUGUGACUAAACUAACACGGAUCGUUUAACUUUGAGUAUGCACCGCUUUUCGACUUUUUAGUCAUUUAUUCCUGAAAGAACUUUGCUCAGUUUUGUUGCACACUAGCUGUUGCACACAUGGAAACUUUCAUUAGCUUCACUAACCAAAGUCAAGGAAGGGAUCGCAUAUUCAGAGCAACCCAGUAUGCAUGCGCUUUGGCGAAAUACCUUCUGAGAAAUGAAGCGAAGAGAAAAGAGCUGGUGAAAAAGCUGCAGUAUCUGGAGUCUAAUAUGAGUUCGGGGCGGAAGCUAUUCAGGCUUGGGAACACGUUGAACUCUAUCAAUGCGGCCAAGAGCACUCUUCAUAUUUCUGACCCUGUGCUGCGCUUUUGCCUUACUUUUGCCAACCUCAGCCGUGCCUUGUACUUCAUCUGUGAUAACAUACUCUGGGCCAGAAGUAUCGGGCUAAUACAAGAUAUCGACAAGGAGAGCUGGAGCUUGAACUCCACUCGCUUCUAUUUCCUGUCAUUGGUCAUGAAUCUAACCAGAGACGUCUAUGCGAUUGCCCAACUCAUGGUGCAGAAGUCUCGGGACAGACACUACCAGCAAAAAGUCGACCAGCAUCUUAAUGAAAGCCCGGAUGUGGCUUGUGUCAUAGUGCCUCAGCUUGAUGCGUUCCUCUUCCUUGUCCUCGAGAGCCUCAGAAGUCAGCCGUCUGUGGCUCUCGAUACACUUAAAAAUGUUUGCGAUCUUUUCAUUCCACUUGACAAACUGGGCAUUUACCAGACAAAUGCAGGGGUGGUGGGCUUCUUUGGGCUUGUUUCCUCUCUUUUAGGCAUACUGUCAGUCUUGAGGCCCAACCUCAGAAUCAAGCCAUGAUUUAGAGAAUGCGGAAAAUGCUUUAGAGUAACAUCUUGAAUAAGGAUGCUUUCCUAACAAAUGUUUUUAGUGUGGAAUUAGACUUCCAUUAAGUUUACAUUUGUAAAGGGAUCAAUUUACUUGUUGUAUAAGGGAGAUAGGAGAAUAGAACAUACCCAUAAUGCAGCAGUGCACCUGCAAAUAAUACAAAAAAAAUAGCACAAUUUAGAUGAGAUUUUGCAGUGUGCGUUUGACCACAUGCUGGGAACACUUUCAUUAAAUAGAGUGCCUUGCCCUAUCUGUUGUUGUAUUACCAUGGAAGCCCAAAUGAAAUAUUACACCUGUAUAAGCACCGUUUAGUACUUUUAAGAGAUUAUAUCACUUUGGUACUGAUAUAGAGAUGAUGAGGGUACAUUAACAAAUUUUGGAGCUUGUGACAUUUAUUUAACUGGCAAAAGAUGCUCUCUAUGGUGGCAGAUGCACAUCUUUUUGAAAUAUGUGCUUAACAUUUCGUCUCUUCUAUAUGGAGAACCAUCUGUGAAAUUAGAUAUAUUCUACCUCAUCCUAGCUGAUCCUAGAGUUGUUUACAGAUGUGUAUUUUAUUUUAGGUAUCAGACAGGGUUUUCUUAGUUGUUAUCUUCAGUUUUGGUUUAUCAUGACAAAAGACUUCUAUUACAUUCUAAUUCUAGAUAAUUGGUUGUCAGCUCAAACUGCUCUAAGAACAAAACUGUGACCUUUAAUAAAGCAAUUUUUAUGCACUGUUAAAAA